UCUGAGUGACGCGCUGACAGCAGUCUCUUAACUCUUGUUAGCCGCCGAUCAGCUACCGUUUCCUGGCUCCGAGCUCACCUCGUCCUCUGGUACCGUGUCUCCCGGGCCUCUGUCCCUCCACCCGUCCGUCCAGACUGACGAGAGCCCCGGUUCCGCCCGGACCGGCUGACUUUGGACACCGUCGUUAGCUGCAGAGCUAACCCAGCUGCUAGCGCCGCUAUCGGCUAGCUGUGGCGUUCGUGGAUCCGCCGGUUAAUCCGGGGAAACACCGAGGAGCAGCGGCGGUGCCACGCACAGGUGUGAAGUUCAGGUUCCACAGAAAGCCCUGAGUGAUCCAGGUUUGGACCUUUGCUCUGAGGACGCCGGCGGGAGCCAUAAUGACCUAGAGUUGGCACCAGCUGUGAGAUCUGAGUGCGAGUAGAAACAUCCAGAGUGUGUAACCAUGUCGGAGAACCAGGCGAACAACAACAACGUCCCACUCAACAACAACAACAACAACAUGGGACCGAACCGUCUCCGCAACCCCAACCUGAACCAGAACCCCCUCAUCAAUGUCCGGGACCGCCUCUUCCACGCACUCUUCUUCAAGAUGGCUGUCACCUACGCACGCCUCUUCCCCCCGUCCUUCAGGAGAGUCUUUGAGUUCUUCGUCCUGCUCAAGGCGCUCUUCGUCCUCUUCAUCCUUGCCUACAUCCACAUCGCCUUCUCUCGCUCGCCCAUCAACUGUCUGGAGGCGGUGAGAGAGCGCUGGCCCCGUGAUGGCAUCCUGCGGGUGGAGAUUCAGAGGAACUCGAGCCGGGCGCCCGUGUUCCUGCAGCACUACGACUCGGUGAGCCUUCACGACGAGCUGGAUGCCGAGGAGGAGGGAGGGGUGCCGGCAGUGGGUGGCCUGAGCCUGGCGGCGCUGCCCGGGGAAGAAGAGGAAGAGGAGAUGACUGUGGAGAUGUUUGACAACAGCUCAGUGCAGUUUGAGCUGGACAUUGAGCCCCGCCUGAAGCCAUCUGUGAUUGGUGCAGGAGUUGGAGGAGGAGCUUCAGGAGGAGGAGUGAAUGACAGCCAGGACGUCUCGUUCAGUCAGACCACUAAAGUGUGGCCUCAGGAGGAGUACAUCGUGGAGUACUCACUGGAGUAUGGCUUCCUGCGCCUCUCUCAGAGCACCAGACAGAGACUCAACAUCCCCGUCAUGGUCGUCACACUCGAUCCGAUGAAGGACGAGUGCUUUGGAGAUGGCUUCAGCCGCUUCCUGCUUGAUGAGUUUUUGGGCUACGACGACAUCCUGAUGUCGAGCGUGAAGGCGCUUGCCGAGAAUGAGGAGAAUAAAGGGUUCCUGAGGAAUGUGGUCUCUGGGGAGCAUUACCGCUUUGUCAGCAUGUGGAUGGCCAGAACUUCGUACCUGGCUGCCUUUGUCAUCAUGGUCAUAUUUACUCUGUCGGUGUCCAUGCUGCUCAGAUACUCUCACCACCAGAUCUUCGUCUUCAUCGUUGAUCUCCUUCAGAUGCUGGAAAUGAACAUGACCAUCGCCUUCCCAGCAGCCCCUCUGCUCACUGUCAUCCUGGCCCUUGUAGGCAUGGAAGCCAUCAUGUCAGAGUUCUUCAAUGACACAACGACGGCGUUCUACAUCAUCCUCAUCGUGUGGUUGGCCGAUCAGUACGACGCCAUCUGCUGCCACACAAACACCAGCAAACGCCACUGGCUCAGGUUCUUCUACCUUUACCACUUCGCUUUCUACGCCUAUCAUUACCGCUUCAACGGGCAGUACAGCAGCCUCGCCCUUGUCACUUCCUGGCUAUUCAUUCAGCACUCCAUGAUCUACUUCUUCCAUCAUUAUGAGCUUCCUGCCAUCCUGCAGCAGAUCCGGAUCCAGGAGAUGCUGCUGCAGAACCAGCAGGCGGGUCAGAACCAGACAGCUCUGCAGGACAACCUGAACAACAAUGGCGCCGCUGCCGCCACCGGAACAAGACCCGCUAAUGCCCCCCAACCAGGGCCGACCGGUGGCACCGAACCGGGGCCUCAGACUGAUUCCCAACCAUCCCACUCAGAAGGCGGAGCCACAGGUGGGGAGGUGAGGGCAGAGCUGAACUGGGUCGCUCACACUGCCGCCAUACUCACCGAGGCUCUGACCUCAUCUGUUGAUGCGGGAGCGAGCGGAGGUCAGGGGCCAGCAGAGAUCAAUGUAGUGGCCGAGUUCUGGAUGGGAGGUGGUGGAGUAGGAGGAAGAUCCUUAGGAGGCGGAGCCUUUGGUGGUCAAGAUCCAAACUCUAUUUCUGUAGAAUUUAAACCUGCACCAGCUCCUCCAGUCACAACACAGCAGGAGGUGGGGCCCUCGGAGGAGGUGGGGCUCUCAGAGGCAGAGGGUUCCUCUGAGGAGGCGGGGCCUCUGGAAGAGGCCGGGCUCUUAGAGGAGUCCUCCACCCACACAGACUGCCCCCCCUCACAGAGUGCCGCCUGCAGGCAGCGGCCGUCCUGAGGCCAGGUGGCUCCUGUUGACAUCACCUCACCUGUGCAACAGCUGAUCGGGCUCAUUGAGCAAGUGAACAGGUUUUAUUUGAUUUUUAAACUGAUUAGUUUGAGGGCAGCGGCCCUGUGGCAGGUCAUGUGAGCAGAGGAAGGGGCGGGCUUUAUUUUGGGGGGGUUUUUUGUUUGGUAUUUUUUGUGGAGUUUGGAUGUUUGUUCUUCAGACGAGGUCAGAGGUCAGUCACCAUGAAAACUGAAAGAACAAAGCUGGAAGCAGAAACAGUUUUCUUUUUUAUCUUCUAAUCAAUAAAAACCCAACCGUUACUUUUUCCAACGAUCAGCUUUUUGUUUUCUUCUUCACAUGUCGACUGGGUUCUCCGAUCGAUCGACGGCUCCUCAUAGCUCUGCUGUUACCCAGGAGGAUUUUCAAAGUAAAAUGCAUGGUGUUAAGAGACCGGUGUUCUAUUAAUUUUGAAAAUCCUGCUAACGUGAAUUUGUUGUUACGUGGCGAGUUUAUUCACUGUCCUCAGACUUCCUGUAAAAACUGAAUCCAGAGAGGAAAAAGAGUUUUAAAAUAAGUCCUAACAGCAGGAAGCUGCUGCUUAAAAGGAAACUGCUGUGAACUCAUUCGUCACUCAGACUUUCUCCAAUAAACACACCAGGUCUGAGUCACACGACUCACAGGAGGCCUGAGGGUCAUUUCAUCGAUUAAGUGAUUAACUUAACAAUUAAUCUAAUCAGCAAAGAAGAACCAGGUUUCUGCUGCCAGCUAAAAUGAUGAAGCUGAGUGGUUAUGGUGUGCCUGGUGGGCGGAGCUACAGGCAGGAAGCCCGCCACUGAUCAGUUAUUGAACAGCUGAUUGGCUCUGAUUCUGACAGACUGAAGCACAAAUUCAACUCAAGCUCCCCCCUCCCCGCUUUCUUUUUGAAGAAAAAGACUGAGAACAGGAAGUUUGGAGCACCACAGCGCCAGACUGAUUGAUCAGGACUUCCUGUCAGAAUGGAUGCCUUAUCAAUAAUCCUCAGGCUGUCAGCAGAUGAGCGAGCUGACUGGUUGUGGAAUAUGACAUCAGUGUGUCCCACUCAGGCCCCGCAUCAGUUAUUGAUUAGUUAUCAGAAACAGCUGAUCGCUGUGUCAUUUGUUUUUGUUUAUUGUUGAAGGGGGCGGAGACUGAGUGUGACCCUGGACAGGGGGUUAGGGUGUUUUGGGGAAGUUUCUUCUUCGUGCCUCUCUGCUGAGGACUGUAGCCUCAUUAUUGAUCAUCAAACUGUAUUUAACUGUCAGACCAGUAAAACCAGUGCUCGCCA